CCAAUCACUGUGCCAAGAAAAAGGGCAAAAAAAAAACUAUGGCAGUUCCAAGAGUAGAGGAGGAGAACUUAGUGUUUGACAUAAAAAUAUCAUCAGUCGUGCCUGGUAAAAUCACAGGAGAAAACAAAACACAUGAGCUUAAAGGUAUAGACUUAGCCAUGAAAUUGCAUUAUCUUAAAGGUCUUUAUUUCUUCACUAAUAAUGGUUUAAGUAGUAGUACUAUAAGUGUGCUAAGUAUCCACGAAGCAAAGAAGUCUAUGUUUGAUUGUCUUAUUCCUUACUUCAUGGCUUGUGGGAGGAUUCGGAUGUCCGAGACUAGUGACAGGCCAACAAUCAAGCUGAACGACGCCGGAGUAAGGGUUGUCGAGGCGAAAUCGAGCAAGACGGUCGAUGAGUGGCUUGCUAUGGAGGACUUCCUCUCUUUGCAGGAUCACCUUGUGUAUAACCAUGUCCUUGGUCCUGACUUGCCCUUUUCUCCUCUUGUAUGCCUUCAGUUCACAUGGUUCAGGUGUGGAGGAGUUUCUGUGGGACUAAGCUGGGCUCACAUACUUGGUGAUGCAUUUUCAGCUUCAGAAUUCAUGAACACGUUUAGCCAAUAUAUUCAAAAUAACCAUCAACAACCAAAAACAAUUUCGUUACAAAAUACUCACCAACCUACACACCCACAUCCAAAUCCAACCCGACAACCCAUUUCAGUGAAACGGGUCGGCCCGGUUGGUAACCAUUGGGUUUUACCCGCCAACUAUAAGAUAGGUAUCCACUCUUUACAUCUUCCAUUAAAACAACUUCAUCAAUUGCAUUCAAAGGUAUAUGGUUCCAAAAUAAAUGAUAAUGGUCCAACCAAAUAUUUUGAGGUAAUUACAGCAAUUAUAUGGAGAUCCAUAGCAAAAAUUAGGAAAGAUAAGGAGACAGAUAUUGUGACCAUAUGUAGGUCAAAAACAAGCCAAAGACAACAAAUGAUGCCAUACAAUGGACAAGUAUUAAGCACAGUUGGUGCUAAUUGUUCAGUAUCAAGUGUUGAUCCAUCACUACUGGUAAAAUUCAUUGCUGAAAAUCUAGUUGAAGAAAAUGAAAUGGUUGAAGAAUUGGUGAAUAAGGAGUUAAGUACAUCUGAUUUUAUUGUUUAUGGGAGAAAUCUUACAUUUGUUGAUAUGGAAGAAGCUGAUAUCUAUAACUUUAAAUUGAAGGGAAAAUGUCCAGUAUUUGCUAGUUACACUGUUGGUGGAAUAGGUGAUAAAGGAGUUGUUAUGGUACUACCAGGGCCUAGAGAUGGGAAAGAUGGAGAAGAUGAUGGCAAAGUCAUUGUGCUACUCUUACCUGAAGAUGAAAUUGAAUGCUUGAAAAGUGAGUUAAAGAAUGAAUGGUGUAUUUAAUAAUGUAAUAUCAUUUUAAACUAGUUUAUGCUGUUGUCUAGAACAAAAGGUGAAAUAAUCAUGCUUUGCAUGUGAUUUGAGAAUGUAAUAUUAUUUGUAUGUUAUAUGCUUGUUAGUAGAUUACUGAAUUUUAUAUUAAGUGUUGUUAUUCAUCGUUCACAAUUUAGAGUUUCUAGCAUGUAAUACCAGUAUUUACAAUAAUUAAAUCAUGUAAACAUUCACUUGAAUUCAUUUCCUUUUGAAGUUAUUAUC